AUGACUGUACAAGCGAACGAGAUGUCAUCGCCGAUUGAAAACUCGGAUGCGGAUAUGCCGGUGGCUGCUGACGAGGUCUUAGAACACGUGGACUCAGGUCCAGAAUUGGAAAAGGACGAGUUGGAGGUAGUUACUGAGGAUUUUUCAAAAUUUUUUCAAUAAUGUUAUUGAUUUAAAAUACAAGGACCUUUCUAGGAGAAAUAAGUUGAAACUGAAAUUCCUAGAAAAGCUUGAAAAGGAUUCAGAAAAAAGGGAACAGGAGAGUUUACAGACCUAAGGACAAGGUACAGGAGCACAGGAUGCUAGGCCAAGGAAAGAAUCAUCCUCCUCGGAAUCCUCCUCUGGGAUCAUCGGCAAGAUCAGUCCCCUGUCAACGGGGAGCGAAGAGGAACCGCAGAAAAGAGCUCACAGGUUCGCCAGGCAACGUCCGUCGUCGCCAACAGGUCGACGAGCGCGACAGGAGGAAGCCGCAGGGUGAGAAUCUUGAUCCUACGAAUGAAACUCCGAUUUUGGCGUUAGUCCAAGAAGAUAGGAAGUUUAUCUAGCAUAGCUUAUAGUACGGCCUCCUAAGUGUACGUGUUUUUUUUUCCAUUGUCUGGUUUAUGGGUUUUUUUUCUACACGUGGAUCUCGUACUUCCUCUCCUGUUUUAUUCCCGGUUUAUCUUGUAAUCUCCAGAACAUAGAGAUUCGUAUAUGAAGCGUUUGUUUGAUGAUGAUGAACCACAGUUAUCUGGGAUCAAAGCCAUCUACCCCGGAGUUGUCCCGCUUAGGAUCCGUCCUUUUAGGAGAGGCUCCGGGGGAAAGUAGACGACAUCUGUAUUCAUCCAAACAAAAUAAUUAACUUUUUCCAUCAGCCAAAAUACUCAGUAAAAACGCUUUACGAUAUAAAACGGAGACAAAGUAACAUGUGGAGGAAACUUUAAGAGCAAAUGAGUCGACCUCUUGCGGAAAAGAUCUCACAAAGAAAAAAUUUAAGAAACGGGGCCAGGAAGUAUGAUAAUCUAAAAGUGAAUAUUGCUUAAUGAAACUGAUACUGAUUUUUAAACGGAAAUUUUUGAUUCAAUGUCGUUGAUUGCCCAAGAAAUUGACGACGAUUGGCUUGGUGCACGUGAAUAAAAUUCAUAACAAGAGUCCGUUAAAUUUUCUUCAGCCCCAAAUUUUCUUUGAUAUCUGAAAAAAAAACCCACAUAUGCUAGCUUAGCAAAAAAAUACAGUAGUCUUUUUCUUCUCUACACUUUAUUUUACUGUUCGCAUCAGAACUCAUGUUAAAUCAGUCGUAUUGCUGCUUUUGCCACCUUACGUUCUAAUCAAAUACCGAAUACCUUCAAGUUCUCUUCACCUCUCAACUACUUCCGUAUGUUUCAAACUUACGUGGUUCCAGUCCUUGAAUAUUGCUCCGAGCUUUUCUCACCCGCCAUUUCCUCUGAGGAAUCUCACAAACUCGAACCUUCACUCCGUCUCUUUAGUCGGAAAGUUUUCAUUCGUUGUAAUGUCCGUUUCUUUUCUUACUCCGAUCGUCUUAGUCGAUUUAAUAUCAAACCGUUAUUCAUUCGUCGUGAAAUUUGUGAUAUUAUCACCUUGCAUAAAAUCAUCUGUGGCUCUGAUCAUUUUCUCGACCGUAAUAAAUUCUUCUCUCUUUCCCUUUUACAGAGGAAUUCACUUCGACUACGGACUACUGGUCAGUUUUCUAAUGACUUCUUUACUAUUACUAUUCCUCUUUGGAAUAAACUAACUUCUUAUUUAGAUUUUAACGUUACCCCAGAAACUCUUCGUAAAAAGUUGAACGCUCUUCCUUUUGAAGCUUUUCAUGAAAAAUAUAAUAAUAAUAAUAAUAAUUUACUCAUCCACAAAGUGAAAAGAAUAAAUAAGGUUAAGAACCUGUUUUAGGUCACCCUCACGAGUGACUUCACCGUAUAGGGAAUACAAUAGAUACCACAGUUGAUAAAAUACACGUAUAUUGAGAUUUUUGAGAUCAUAGUAGCCGUCUAGGGAGGCUGAUGAAUAAUUCAUUGUCGGGGAUGUUGUCCAGAUGAGAUUUGAAAAUUUUAGGAGGAACAGAGACGUUGAAUCUAGAGCAGAUUUUGUUCCAGAUUGGAAUCAGUAUUGAAAAGAAAGAAUCACAUAAAGGGCCAGCCUGAACUAACCGCAGAGGAUGCCGACCCGAAUGAGAGAUUCUAAAAAAUAUCCCCUCUCGUCUCCUAUGAAUUUUUCAUAUUUCCGGGUACCUGUCAACUCGUUGGGGUUGACUCCCGUGUGUUGUUAUUUCUCUGCCUAUCCUUCAUUUGAUCAUUUAUUCCUUAAUUAUUUUUUUUCUGUUAAAUAACGGCAGUGAAUAAAUUAUAUAUAUAUCUGUUUGAGCCUUUUCUGUUUUUCCAUAUUUUUCUCCGCUCCCUUUGACUACGAAAUGCCCUUUUUCGGGUCAAUCUUUUGUUGGUUUCACUGCAACCUUCGUCUUUGCAUUUUGCUGGACAAAGAGGCGCGUGAGUGGGACGCGAUCGUACGGAAGAGCCAAGAGAAAGAGUGAAAUGAAAGAACGGCCAGGAAAAAUGUGACCCCACUACCGGAUUGGAAAUCCUCCGUGACUUCUCGCAAUUUCUCGCCUUCCUUGUGCCUCAAAUUCUUUAUUUUGCUUUCGUUCACGGACAAAACUUCAAUUUUUGUAGAAAGAGAGUGAAAAGUUCCAAGUUCAAUGAAAACUUCAUGAGAUUAGUGACGACUUUAUCCAAAUUUUUUAUCGAUGUUUCCUUUGUCAAUUUGAAUUUUAAAAAAUGCGGUUAUUCAAUCUUUUCAUCAUUAAUGUCAAUUGAUCGGGAAAAGCCGAAUUUUGCUCACUACUAUCUACAACGACGUAAUUAAGGCAUUCUUUUUUUCUCUCAAAAAAGAAACAAGGAUUUCCUUGCCCUGCUUUAUGUCAUUUCCUCAGUGUAACAGUGUUGAAAUCAUAGACUGUCCUCCAACAUCCGCACGACUUGAACGGGAAUGGUUAGGGCGGCGAAACUUCUCAAGGAUGCUCAAUGACAGUGCCUAAACAAGCUUAUAAGAGGCCGUCGUCUUUGAUGGGCUUCACAGUUUUUUUCCAUCCGGCGUUAGCUGUUCCUGCCCUUCGGUCGAAUACAUCAAAGCUCUUGCAUUUUUUCUAUUUCCUUUUUUCGAAAUCUAUUUCUUCGUAACUUUCUUUCUCCCACAUACUCUGAUUUUCAACGUAAACACUGAUUUCUUUUAAGAACAUUUUUUCACAAUGCGCAAUAUAAUUUUUUUCCUGCUGAUAAGGUUACUUCAUUCUAAUGUUAUUCAAACAACUAAUGAAGACCUUCCUUUCGAUGCUCAAGUAAGUUUUUCAUUUCAUUAUUUUUAACCACAAAUCUGUGACUUACAGAACAGUUUAUUCGAUGAUAUGAUUCUUUUUCGAUGAAAUCGCUCCUCAGACGUUCACUGAAGUAGAUCUCAAAAAAAGAGCGAGAGAACUUGAAAGACUGUUAGUUGACUGAAUUUUUUUAAUUUUUGUGUUUUUUUAGUGAAUUUUUACAGCUGAAGCGAAGCACGGAGAUGAUCUCAACGCAGUAUCAUCCACGACUUCUGAAAAUCCUUUUGUUGGAAACUACGCAGAGUUGACCAUUGAGUCAAGUAAAUUAACUUCUGUGGAAUAAAAUCCUUGAAAGUUUGCAGAUACUUCGACGAUUGCCCCACUGGAAACGACUGGCACAAAUGUUCCUAAAAAAGAAGUUCAAGAAGAAGUUUAUGAGAAGAAGAACGAAGAACUUACUGUGAGUUGUGUAGUUACAAGCUAAAAUAGGAAUUUUUCAUCAUAAAAAAAAUCUGUUUUUUUGAAUGAAAAAAAGUUAACUAAGAAAAAGAUCUCGAAGACAUAAGUUGAAUAAAAAGUUCAUGAGACUCUUUUUAUUGAGCUCAGAAAAACUUGCGGCAAUCUUUCUUUUUCUUCUCUUCACUAAGUGCCUUCCGCCUUCUUUCUCACAACGAUUAUACGUUUUGAGAUUUUAUCUGAAACUUUUUUUGUUAGUUUUUUUAUGUCAACAAUUCAAGCUCAUCAGUGUACAUAUCACAAUAACAAAAUAAUAAAAUUUUAUUUUACAUCGACUUGAAAGUUUAUGUUGGGUUUGUAGGUUGUCGAGUCAUCUGGUGUUGAAGCAGAAAACUUUGAAAUGGAGAAUAGGACUUCGACAGUAGUCUCAACUGGUCAGUUGUCAAUUAUUUACUGUUUAUUCUCUGAGAAUUUCAGGAAACAGUGAGUCGGACAAUUCCGCUGAAAUGAUGGAAAAAGAUGAAGGAUCAGCUGAGCCCGACGGAGAUGAAACGAGUACUGAAAGUGUUAAAAUUAAAAACUCAACCGAGGAAUCCGCUAAUCGGAGCGCAGAAAUUGUCUUGGAAAGCGCCGAAAACUUCACUUAUGAAAGCUCUGAGCCUUUCGAAGCGAAAAUGACAGUAGAAGCUUUCCUUCAAACUAUUCCCGAAAUGCACGUAACUGCGAACGAUAAUACGCCUACAACUUCCUCUUCGACCACAACUUUGGCUUCUACGACAGUUACAGAUGCUUCUGGUUGGGUUUUUUUUUUCUAUUGUUCAAAAGAUAUUUCAAGAUGAAAUGUAUUAAAUUUAAUAUGUUGGAUACGACCUUGAUAAAGUCAAUCGGAGUCUUCAACGCCUUUAUAAGAAACUUUUUUUUCAGUCAAAAACUGUCCCCUACCUCGACUUUGCGCGAAGAAUUGUUUCAUCGCAAUCAACGAAGAUGGAUGUCAGGAUUGUCAAUGUCUUUGGCAAUCAAUUAGUAAGCUCAUAUAAAUAGAUUGAUGAGUGUGGGUAGUUUGCGAGUCCGACUCUGACUGUCCCGACCGGCAACUCUGCGAUCUCGGACAUUGCAACUGUAAGCCAGGCUUCAAGCAAGACAUGCGUCAUUCAGCGAAAUGUGAGGUCGACUUGGAACACAGCCUGAAGACCAACGGUUCACUUAUUUUCAUGUCCUGAAUAAAUUAAGAAUUCCCAGAAGUCUCAAUUGGCGUCGAAAACAGAAAUGAAAUAGUUGACAGCGUCAAUUCAAAAAAACUGGAGUACACGGACGACCGUUUCAGAGGCAUUCUUGUAAAUGAUUCAUUUUUUUCUGAUUAUUGAAAGCAAUGAUUUGACAAACCAAUUCCAGGGCUCUCGAAGUCUUUCACCUUACCGAAUUUGGAGUCGACACAAAAGAAACGCAGACUCUAGCGAGAGCUUACAAUGGGCAGGUAGCCAUGCUGCGGAAUGAUCACUUAUUAUAUUUUUUGUGUUUCCUCAACAACUUGCGGUUAAUAAAUGUUUCAGUUUGUUUGCCUUUUCAGUUUGGAAUGAAGGGAGCAUGGGUGUAUACAUCGUUGAUAAACGCUUGCUGGGCUCUUUGAAGACUCUGAAUCAUUGCAGAGUGUUUGUAGCUUCUGACGAAUUUUUUGCUUAUUAUUAGAAAAAAAAGAACCAUUUUUUUCGUAUGCACAACUAAUGUCGAUAAGGUAUAGUUUUAUCACCAGCAAGAGUUUUGAAAAAAGAAACAUCACACAAAAAGUUUUUUUUUUGCUAAAUGGAACAAACGAGAGCACAGAGACACUCCCUAACCAUGUCUGGAGAAGUUCGGGUUUCGAAAAUUUUGGUUUUAGUAACCUGAAUCACAUCUCUAACCUGCACUGAAGUCUUUUACGUCAAAAACUUCUUUUGAGGAUUAUGUAAAUCGGAUCACGACUGUUCUCGUGAAAUUGAAUGCAUCGGGUCCGACUGUUGGGCUCCUUCUAUGAAAAGAAGGCAUAAUUUUCCUAUUAUCAGAUAAAAAGCUUGAAUUAUAGAUCAGAAGGGAAAACUUCCAAAUCGAACCAAGUUUUCAUUGUUUCCAGCAACACAGGUAACUUUUUACUUUUCCCAAAUCAUACGGAACUGCAAUUUAGGAGAUGAAACUCAUGGAAUCAAAACGCAAACUGCGGAAAGACCCUUUCCGGCUAUGCUGAAACGGUGAGCUCGUGUGUUUGAAAAGAUAUUUCGUUCAUUUUGUUUAGUGCUUUGACGCGGUUCACUUCAAAAGAAAUGUUUGAAAAAGAAAUACAAAGAACGACAACCAGCUUCCGGACUACCGUUUCAACUACCAUAGCCCCGUUUGCUAAAGGUGACUCAAUAAAAAAAUGAAAAAGGCUAUCGUUAUUUUUUUUGCGAAGAAAAAAAUGUUGUAAAAGGUUUAGAGAUUCUCAGAAAACGCCCUGUUAAAGUCUUUAGAAGUCGAUUUUUAGAGAGAAGAAAUCAGAUUUUUGAACUUUUUAAUGGUAACAAAAGUCAUCCAUUUAGAAGCAUCAAUUGUUUCUGUUCCGCCGACAAGAAGGCCAGAGGAAAAACUUGAGAAGCUCACCACGAUGUAUGAAGAAAUGUCUAUCACCAAAUCUUCCUUUUUUAUAGAAAAAAAUGCCAAAGCUAUUCAAUUUUGAUCACAUUUCGCAAACAUUUGCCAAAAUUGAUCAUCCUCCGCCAGAUGCGGUAAGAGUUUUAUAGAAAUUAUUUUUUUCAUCCCUCUAGUCUAUUUUUUAGCCACCACUGGCAUUUGAGAAGUCAAAUCCGCCAGGUUUUCAUCUCGAUAACAUUGGCAACGACUUUGACUUGUAGGUCUGCCCGGCAUCUUUAUUAAAAAACGAUUUCAGAAGCAAAUUGAAUGGUGUCGAAUUUCCAAUAACUUCCAAAGUUUCAUCUCUCACGAACGAUGGUCCGAAUAUAAACUCACCUUCCGUAUUGAGCACUGAGCCGCAUGACGAAGAAGAUUUUGAAAACCAGAGCUUCAUGCAUAUCUUCGAAAAAAACAAAAACCCUUUGUCCGUCAAGUGAUUUUCAAUAGUGCUUUUCUGAUUUUUGCAGCCCUGAAUUCUCCUCGGCCGCUUUUUCUUCGUUUUCAACUACAACCUCGGCGACGGCAACGACAGAGGGAGUGGAAAACGUUUCUGAAAACGAAGAAUACCCUGUAGAAGAUGAACAAAUGGCUUUUCCCUCUUUUACGGUGGCACCAAUUUUUUCUACGACUACUCGGAAAGAAAGAAAAAGUCACGCAGCUCACGUUUUGCUACCGUCGAAAUUCACAACUGUUGAGCCCUUGGCAAGAGAAAUCGUCGAAAGAUUCGAAGAGGAAAACAGAGAAAGCACACCUAUACCUGCUCCUUUCGAGCAACACCUGGAAGGAGUAUGGUAUCCUAUGAGAAAAGGGGACAUACCGCAUUUAGGAAUAUUUGGAGGAGAGUUGAGGUUGGCAGUUUCAUCUAUUGACUUUUUGUAGAUGUCAGGCUUUUUCAGGAGAGCGCCUCAAAAACAAGGAAAGUCUGCUGAGAAAAGAUUGUACCAUGAAUACACCAGAGCUAACCGGCGUGGCAAACCUGUUAAAGUCGAAGUUCAGAAUGCUAGAAGUGAGGAAAUCAGAUCUUGCACAAAGUUGAAAAAUGAUAAUCACAGAACUGAUGAACGACGAGUGCGAAACUCGAGAAGGUUGUGGUCCACGGAUGGUUUGCUGUAAAAAACGGUGGUGCGAUAAAUCGAAAAAAUGCGGCAUAGCUAGGUGAUUCACAUACUCAUCGACUCAAAAGAAAGAUUUUCAGGUUUUGCUUGCCGUCCUGUGAUACUACAAAACUCACGUUUUUGCCUUCGGAGCCGAGAUCAGUAGGAAUCAUUGAUAUCAUAUACGACUGA